GAGCAGUCUUCGUCGGACGAUGACGAUGCGGCAGACAGUAUCAAAGGACCAAAACGGAAAAAACGAAGAGGAAUGAAAAAUGAUGAAUUUGAAUAUGUAAUUGCAACCAACAGCGCUGAACCCUCCACUGAUCUUUUUAGUGACAUUUUUAGGUUACGAGAUGAGAAAUAG